ACUCCCAGAGGAAGAAGGCUUACUAUUGGCUAUGGGACCAGGCUCAUGAAGGUAUUUUUAAUGCCUUGGAAAAUGUCAACGUAGCAGGAGGCGCCAAGGGACUUAAAUGUAAAUCCUACACACCGAAGAAAAUGACGAAAGUUCCUCAGGGGUUUGAUUUCAGUUUCUUAAAUGAUGAAGAAGCCAGGCAGAUCCUGCAGGUCUUGGAGAGAAACGAGGAGCUCCAGAGGGCAGAGAAGGACAGAAUCAGCAAACUCCAGAAGACAAAGAGAGAUAUUAGAUGGCUCCAUGGAGUAACUGGUGAGUGGUUUGAAGAAAUCCAGAGAAAAAAGUUUCUCAAUGACACCGAUGUCAACCAGAUGUUGAAACAACCACUCACGUACAGGCUAAGGAAGACAAAAAAUGAUUCAAUGCAUUCACCCAUGUCAAGAUCCCCAGAUCUUCCACAUCAAAAUAAUCUCUCAUCUACUCCUCGCCAACUGGGCUUCAGGUCAUCUCUAGCUUCACUAUUCUCUUUUGGAAAAUCAAGGAAGGAGAUUGUAAAGCCUCAGGCCCCAACACAACAAGGAUAUGAUGGCUUUCCCAGAACAUCUGUCACUGUGAAGGGAACCCCUGAGGUUGGAAUAUACAACUCACCAUUAAACAGUGAAUCAUCAAAUACAGCAUUUCCCCCAAAGCCUGUAGAAAUGAGGGAAGGAAGUGGUAUGCCCCCAUGGGAUGCUUCCCAGAUAGAGAAUGAAUUCUUUCGUGUUUUAGAUGACUUGGAUAACAAGUUGGCUCAGGAACAAGCCCUAAGUCUAGCGAAUACAAGAACACCCAUCCACUAUGGACCCCGAGCACAGAUCCGUUCUUUUUACAACACUGGGAGCAGAAAUGGCAAUCUCAUGGGGGGACAUAGGAAUAACUAUGGUGAAAUUUCAUCUCCACCCAUCUAUGAUAUCCUAAGACCAUCAACCCCUAGAGAAGGUUUUAAAACUUUCUCCUAUAGAACAAAAACAAUUUAUGAUAUAUAUGGUCCAAGAGAACACACAGUCUCACAAGAGGAAUAUGUGCACAAGACCUUUGGCAGUUCAUCUCUGUGUUUUGAUAGGACACAGUCAUCAGCCUCUCCUACUUUAGGACAUUUCACAGCAAAUAGCCUACAUCUGCCACCCCAGACUCAGAGGAAGAGUGUUUUUGUAUCAAGGAGCCAUCAGCAAAGUCCAAGGAGAACUCCUUUGUCAUCUAUUGUAUGGAACAGGCCACAUUCUCCUGGAUAUAUUCAGUACCAAGAAGAGUUUCUGAGGGUACAGUCCCCAAUGGAAGUUGACCCUCUCAAUCAGGAUACAUACCCUACCUGGCCUCAAGACAAUAGGAGAUAUGAAUUUUACCGUUCCAGUAAUGUUUACCAAAGUGUUAGACCACAUGCUUCCAGGGACAGAGCAACCAGUCCUGAGUUAUUUGAGAAUUCUGAGAAUAUGCCAUUCCACCAAGAUGAAAACAAAUUCUCAGGGUCAUACUAUUGGAAUACCAUUGGUCCUAGAAGAUUGCAAAAAUUUGGAGAAAGUCCUUUUCAGAGCAAAAAAGAAGAGUCUCCAUCCUUGUCCAACUUUUGCCACAGAAACAAAGAGUUUGUUUCUUCUGACAGAGACUUUGAAAUUAUUUCAAUGGAUGUAAAUGAGGGGUUGGCUGCUCAUAGUAAUAAUACUCCUGUACCAUCUCAACCCUGGAGAGCAAAUUUUUCCAGAAACCAAGAAGAGUCCAUUCACAAGGAAUUUAAUUUUCAAAAAUGUAUAUUAGAGGACAUGGAAGUCCUAUCACAAGAUAAUGGUAACCAAAUAGCCUUAAAUGAAAGAUAUGAACAUUUGUACACACCUUCCAUGGAUACAACAGGAAACAAAUUCUGGGUUGCCCCAGAUAUUUUCUCCAGGAGUCAAGUCAGACCAGGUAUGCUAGUAAGUCAGCAGAAGUGGCCUCCAAUGGAAGCAAGUACAAAUUCAGAGACCAACUUACCUGAAACCACUCAACAUUUGUCAUCCUCGUCUCAGACUCCCCUGCCCUUAAUUCCACAUAGAACGGAAACCCCUCAAAGCUCUGACUUCCAGAAUGCUGCCACUACAUUGUGGGGCAUCAAAGGGAAUGCUCCUGAUGAAUCUGCCUCCUUUCCUUUAAGUAGCCAAACAGAACUUAUAAAAACCAAUGGUGAUUCUGUCACUGUUGCCAGAAGCCAACCAAACACUUGGAUUGCUGAGUUGAAUCCUGAGAAAGACUUAACAGAAUCUGUGUCAGAAAAAGUGAGGCAACUAAACAAGGUAGAUGAGACAGGCCAGGCUGAUGAAAUGUUAUCAAUUGUUUCUCAGUCAGUGAUUACUGAGACUACACCUGAUUAUCAGUCCUCUCUUUCUAGGGAUUCAGCCACCUUUCCCAGCAACAGAUUUGUUUUUGAUGCACCUGCCUCCACAGGUUCAAAAAAGCCAACUGGAGUCUUUGGCAGAAGGGAUAUUUCCAAAAUUUACGUAUCAAAAAGAGAUAAAGCAAAUGCACUUAAAAAAGAAAAUGAUUCUACCAUGGAAAGAAAACCAGAUUUGGGAACUUCAUUUAAUUUCUCUCAGGAAAACAGAACAUCAUUAUCUUUUCCCAAACAAAAUCAAGGCUGUCAGCAAGAACCAGGGAUAAACGAUGUUGGCAUUACCAGCUUGGAAAAGGAAGAGAGCAAACUAGGAAUUUCCAGUAAUCAUAACCCACAGUAUCCAGAAGAAUCAUUUCUUUUAGAUGCUGAGGAUAUGCAAGGUAUUAUAUUGAAAAAUGCUUUGGUUCCUCCUACCAAUUGCACCAAGUUUGCUGAAAAUCAUCAUGUCCUAUCAGACCAUUCCCUAGAACCAUCGCCGGAUCAUGGUCAAGGUCUUCCAUCAUCUUUCUCUCCCAACAGCCCUUCCUUAGCUUCUUUAGUAACUCCCUCUGCUACUUCAUUAAAUUUCACAUGUAAUGUAUCAGCAGAAGAGGCCAUGUUCUCAAAGAAGAAUCUUCUGGGAAAAGAUCCAUCUCCAGGGGAAAGUGAAGAAAAGACCUAUUCUGGUAACGAGGACCAAAAUAAUCAAUUGCCUCUCAGCUCUUCAGAAAACCAAGCUACUGAGGAUAUCCAGGUGCUUGAUCUUCACAAAGUGAAGGAUGCUACUAGAUGCCAUCUAAACCAUCCUUUCAAUCUUGGGAGAGUAAAAGAGAAAAUAAGGCGCCGGGUAUCCUGUGUUGAAAAGUUAAGCAAAUCAGGAAAUUUCUUGAGACAGGAAAGUAAUGACAGUAGUGGCAUAGUUCCUGGUCAUGGCAAUUGCCAGUCUCUUGAGCCCCUUGACAUUUAUUGUAUCUUCCCAAGAAAAUUGAGCAGCUUUCUCAUCAAUGACAAUAUGAAGUCAGAAAACAAGAUAUUGUCCACCUCAUUUAAGAAGCGGCCCCCUCCAUUCCAAAUAAAGAACAUGGCAGAUCCACUAGAGAAAUGCUUCUCAAACAAAAACAAUUCCAAUUCUUCUGAACCAGAUAGGCAAUGCCCUGAAAUAGAUGUGAACUCAUCCCCUUUAAGUCCCACACCUGUAGAGAUGAUGACAAACGUUAGAAACAUAACACCUGCUGCUGUUAGAAAAGGUCCCCCUCCAUUCGAAAUCAAAAGGACUAUGUCCAGGCCUGUUGUUACAUGUUCCUCAGGUAGAGUGGAUGGAAGAGAUAAAUGUUAUGGCCUAGACACAGAAUCUUCUAUUCUAACACCAGGGCCUGAAAUGCUGUUCACAACCACUCAGGAAAACAACCCACCAAUUAAAGAUUGUUCUUUACAACUAGUCAGAGAUCAUCCUCAUGCCGAAAGUUUUCUAGUCUACUCUGAAAAUCACAAUGAAAUGGCUUCUUCUCAGACAGAUAAUUUUGCAAAUAUGUUUUCCCUCCCCGAUGAAAAAUAUUUACCUUUUCCUCCAGAUGGGUCAGAAAAGCAAACUGGAAAACCCCUACAAAAAUAUAAGACAACAAGCACGGUCACUGUUUCUGGUGAUGAAGACAAUGUAAAAUGUCUUGAGGUGGUUUCAAUCUAUUACACUUUACCACGGAAAUCCAACAAAGAAUUGUGUGACCUCCUUAAAAGUGACACACAAAGUACAUGUUUCUCCCCAGAAUCAGCUACAGUGGGGGAUGCAACAUUCCCUAUUUCUCUGGCAAAGAAGCGACUCAAUUCUUCCACGCAAUCAUUACCAGGAACACCUGUGUCUCCACAUGCAAAGGCAUGUGUUAGCAGGGCUCAAUGGAGAAAGCAUUCCUUCUCAUAUGACACUGAAAGAGCAUCUCUUUUACAGUCACCACAUAGUCCACAUACUGGGGCAGAGAAGCCCUCAGCAGAGACAUUACAGGGAAUGGCCUCUGGGUUUUCUCACCUGGUUGAAGGUAUUUCUCUUUGCAAAGAAGAAUUUAAUACUCCAAAGGAUUGUUCAGCUAAAAUGAUCUCAGAUAAUUUACAAAGCAAAGGUAUGGAUACCUUUUCUUUUGUUCCUGGCCAUCAAGAGGGACAAGAAAAACGGCAGAAUCACACCAGGCAUACCUCUGUCUCACCAGCAACGCUUCGCGAUAAACUUGUUAGAGAAGGAAAGCUUGAAAAUCCUGAACAGUCUCUUGACGUAUGUGAAAGAGAGAGUCCUUCUGUCAUCCAGAUUCAUUUUGGAGAUAAUAUUAAUGACAAUCCUUGCAUAGGAGAAACCUUAGGGAAAUGUGGGCCUCACUACAUAGGCAUGAUGUCUAUUGGAAGUAGAAAUUAUCCUCAAGAAGAAGUUAAUGACAAAAUAGACUCAGGACCUAGAACUAUAUCCUUCUAUGAUGAGCUGAGAGAGUUACAGCCAGAAGCUGCUAAUGGGAAACUUAAAACAGAUGACCAGAAAAUAAUUGAAAAAACAUAUUCUGCUUUGCAAAGCAAAGAAUUAUCCCUCCCUUCCAACUCACUCAAACUUCAGCCUGGGGAAAUGAACCAUAAAGGUCAACCUGACUUAGAAAGGUCACUGAGGGAAUCAAAAGAAGUAUCUCAAGGAAGUGAUGCAGAUAAGGAUUUAAUUAGGUUGGAUAAAGUAGAAGAUGCCCAGAACACAAAGGUUAAAGAGAAAAUGCAGGGGCUGGCGUGUGACCAAUAUUCACCUUCCGAGGUAAUAAAUGAAAUUAAGUGUGAUUUGGGUUGCACCAAAGAAAAAACCAAUCUAGAGAAAAGGAAAAACAGAACUUCUGUUAAACAAAAACUAGCAGCUUUGUCCAAAGUCAGUAGAAAAUUUUCAACAAAAGAUAUGAACCCCAGAAGGCACGUUGCUACUAUUUUCCCUCACGAGGAAGUCAAUUCCAAUACCAGUGGCUUACCUCUUAAUACACCAGAGAUGUCUCCACUUUCAGCUAAACCCACCCUUGGGAUCUCAGAAUCCACACAUGAAUAUAGGAAAUCAGGUCCUAGUGGAACUGAGAGCUUUGUACUCCAAAAAGCUGAAGUAAAUAAGACUGAGACCCUUCUCCAGCCUCAUUUAGAUUCCAUCAAGAAGCCCAUCAAAUUUGUAAGUGAGCAAAAAACAAUGACUAGUAGUUCCAAACCAAAUAAGAACAAGGUUGAGAAUGUAACAGAAUCACCAAUAAGCAGCACCAACUCUGAAGAUGAAAUACUAGCAGAAAGAGGCAAAUGCCCUCAAACUUUGGAAACAGCAUAUGAAAUCAUAGGCCAACCCAUGCUUUCCAGUGUGGGGACAGAAGAUUUCUCUGAUGAUCUAAAGAGACUUAGCCUUCAGUGUCCAUCUGAGACUACAUGUAAGACUUCUGAAGAGAGAAUCCUUACACCCAGCCCUCUGUCACAGCAAAAAAAUAUCUCACCCCAAGAAUGGGAGCCUGACUCAAAUCUCUAUCAUUCCAAGAGUUUAAAAAAUGUAAACGUACUUAGUAAUCAGCAACAAAUAAGUCAACCUCAGAAAAUCCGUGAGCGCCACUUUUCUGCACGUACUUUUUCCGACAAUGUCCAGGACAGAAGGAAACUUGGGAAUGAAUUUCCUGUUCAAAGUGGGUAUGGAAGAAGGUUCCGAUCUUUUUCUGAGCUCUCUGCCUGUGAUGAAAAUGACAGCUGGGUUUUGGGCAGUGACAGGACCAAGGCCAGUGGCUCCAGAUAUACAAGUUCCAUCUCCAGACCAAUUGACUAUGGAAUUUUUGGGAAGGAACAGCAGCUGGCUUUCUUGGAGAAUGUAAAGAGGUCACUCACGCAAGGGAGGUUGUGGAGGCCAAAUUUCCUUAAGAACCCUGGCUUCCUAACAGAUGACAUGAGUCAACCUACCAAUAGACCUGAGUCACUAACUUCCAGUUCUGAUAGCAAAAUAGCAAAAGAUGGUUUGUCUCCUAGGGAGCUGCUUAACAUCUAUCGGGUGCAUUCAGAAUCUGACACUGACACCACCACAGAUGAUGAGUACUAUCUGGAUGAAGCCGACAAGGAAUCAGAACUCUGAGGCCUCUUUUCAAUAAAGAAAAUAACUUUAAAAAAAUAACUAAGUUUUGUUCCUGGGAAUCCAGAGUGAGUGUCUUUGUAAAUAGCAUUUAAGACCAUGAGAACAUUAGGGACAAAAGACAUAGUUUGGACAGUCUUUACUCUGGAGCAACCUAAUUCCCCAUUUUUCCUCCACACCCAUUACUCCCUGAAUUCAGCAUAAAUAACCAUAACCCUAGCUUGUCGGGUUGGUUUUUUUUUUUUUUUUUUUUUUUUGCCUAUUAGAGAUAAGACAAAUAUUUCUUUUCACAUUUCUUUAGGAGGUUUCAAACUCCCCUGCCUGUCCCCAAUAGGACUGCCAGAGAAGGGAUGUGUCCUUAGCUUUCUUCAUUUUCCCUACCUUUUCAUCUCCUAUUUAACUUCCAGUCUUGAACCACUCCUUUUCCUUUUCCUUCACUCUUCCCCAAAAGAUAAACUUUGCUAAUCACCCAGCACAGCUAACAUUCUACUCUCUUCAUAAUGCUACUUAAAAUGAUAGAGAUUAUGAUGAUGAUGAUAAUGAUAAGCUAUUAUUUCCAUCAUAUAAGAAGAUGAACAACAUUUCAUCAUCAUUUGAGGACUUUAUUUUUAUGCUUUGGGGGUAAAGAUAUAAGGCUAGGUUCCUUUUUUUUUUCUUAAUUAACCUGAUGUGCCCAUAGGGUUGGAAGCUAGGAGAAUGGGAGUUGAUUAAGCUGGUGAUUUAUAUGUAAGAAACUGAAUUCAUUUAGACAGAUUAGGAAGCACAGCAUUACUAGAGUAGAUACUGUGUUCAACUUGAAACCAGGAAGAUCCAGUUCAAGUCUUGCUCCUGAUGCUAACUAGGUGUAUGAUCUUGGGCAAGUCACUUAAUCUCUCUGAGUCUCAACCUUCUCAUCUGUAAAAUAAGGAUAAUAUUACUUGUAGUGCCCACCUCACAAAGUUGUGAAACUCAAAUGAAAUAAUGCGUGUAAUGUGAUUUGCAAAUUUUUAAAUUACUAUAGAAAUGUCAGUUAUCAUGAAGAACUCUCUGAGAGUGAAUUAACUGAGUGAACCAGGUGAGUUAAUGAACAGGCCCAGGAUGUGGCCACCUAGAUUUGAUGUUCUGAUAGUGAAUCGGUAGCAUCAUCUUUGUCUAUGAAAAACACCAUUACCAUGGAACCAUGAUAAGCAGGUAUUUCUACCCUAAAACUGGCUUAACUUUGCCAUAACCUUCUCAGUGACUUAAAAUAUUCCUCCUAUUUCCAAUUUUCCAUGUUUGUGAAGUGUUAGACUUUGCAAAGUGCACAGAUUCAGUUCACAAGUAUUGAGAGAGAGCAUCAGCCACAUUCCUAACAUGCUGCCCAUCCUAAGUAAAACUCCAGGACUCAUAUAUCUCUAUUUGUCAAGCUGGUGCUAAACCAUCAGGUUAUUUUACUCUAGGACUUUCAAAGUCCUGACAUUUUGGUUUCUUUCUAAUUAUUUGCUUAGGCUGGGGUAGGAUAGAUAGCUCCAAACAACUAUGAAGGCCAAUGCUACUAAGGCAAGGUUGGUCAAGGUAAAGAAUACUGUGGUUGAGAUAUUUUGAUAGCUCUAUCCAAGUCUAUCUGCUGCCUCCUUAACUUGAUGCUGGAUUGGUUCCUGUUUACUAGGAACCCAUAUUAUAGGAAGAAAUAUGAAAAUCCUUUCAUCCUAUUUCACAAUUUUGUUUUAUAGUCUUCUUUGAUAAUACAAGUUUAUGUUCUGUAUCCACUUCUCUCCACUCCUUAUUUUCUCUCCCUGUCUGUUUUUAUUCUUGUAUCAUCAAGGUAAUGAUACUUGUUGAUAAAGGACUUAGAGAUUCCAGAAAGAUAGAAUUAUGAGAAGGAAGUAUGUUAUUAUUAUUAUGUCUUUGUCAUCUCCAUCUUGCCUGGAAGUACAGUACAGACUAUUUUGUCUACUGUGUUCCCAUGAAGCUCAAAUGGAUGAUAAUUCUAUUUUUAACUUUUAUUAAUUUCAUGAGUGUGAGAUACGGUGGCCCACUGAAGACUCGAGAACAUGGCUAACCCAUAUUGUUUUAAAUCCACUGAGCACAGCACCAAGACUUUAAAUCCUAAUGUUAUUAGUAUGUGAAGCUGGACAUAUAAUAUUUAUGAAAAUGCAUGUUCUUUCAAGUUGCUCUUCUUCUGCCCCAGUUUUCCCCACUUUCUUGUUACAAAUCUAUAUAGAACACUAAGAAUAGUUUUUGGAAUUGAAAAAGAGACCUAUUACUCUAAAGUUGAAAAACAUGCGUUUUCUAUGGCUUCCUUGCAAAUUCUAUGUCACUAAAUGAGGCGGUGUCUCUGCUAUAGCACAUGAAAUGAAGUUAGGGAUUUUGAAAUAUAGACUGCAGCCAAAGUAGCAGAUUUGGGGAUUAAUAGUUACUCUUGGGCCUGAAUUCUCUGACUUGGUCAUCUAUGGUCUAAAUCUUGCUGUAAUUGCUAACUUUCAACUUUACUAUUUGCUGUGUUAACCUGGUUCAGAAGUCACAAAAACAGAUUUAUAGAAGGCACUAUUCUCCUUCUCUCUUUGUAUUUUAUAUAGUUAAAGUACUUCGUUAAAGAAGUGUAGUCAUUUUAUAUGUAUUUUAACAUACAAACUGCUGCUUUCUUGAAAUAUGAUCCCUUUUUGGUAAACAUAAUUUAUAUUAGUCCUUAUUAUAUUCCAAACUUGUUUUCUAAGAGAUAUUCCAUAUAAAAAUAAUACCUGUGUAUAGAAGGACCAAUCAAAAGGGAAUGAACACAAAUGUGUACAGUUGUAAAAUAAUUAUUUUAUGUAGAUGGAUAAUGGACUCUUGGAGUCAUGAGUCAUAGAGUAUAUGACCAAUUUAAUACAGGCCUCAUUUGAUCGAAUUUUAGGGAAACUACUUUAAAUGGACCAUUCAGUAUUAUAAGGCUAUUGGUGGUUAAUAAACCCAUAACUCUAAAUAGGUUUUCUAAUAUGAUAAGCAAAUAGAAUAGCCAAUAGAAAUUCAACACAUACUUGCACUGAAGCUAGUAGUGGGAGGAAGUCAAAUUUAUAUGAUGGUAACUUGGAAGUAAAAUUUUCAAAUGAAGUAAAUUAUCUAUUUUUUUAUCAUGCCAUAGUAUUAGAGAAAGAAAUCUUUUUAAGAAUAGUAACAUUACUGUUUCAGAAUGGUAAUCCUAUUUGAAUGUAUAGCCAGGUCCCAAUUAGCACAAAUGAUGAAUCCUUUAAAGUGUUCACAUUAUUAAAAUUCACACUGCAUUUUUCCCAUUGGGCUGGCACCAAUGACCAUAUUUUACACAAUUACAACUUUGAAUAGUGCAAAUUUGAAUACAUGAGACAACUUCAGGACAUUCAUUAUUCCCACUAGUGGUGACCUAAGUUAUACCAUGUACUUACAUAUGUAUACGUUUGUAUAUAUGCAUGUGUGUAUAGAUGUUUUGUUUUCUCAGCAGCUUUGUAAGUUUACCUUGUCACUGAGGCGGUUCAGAAUGACUGAUAAUUGUAUUACUUCUGAAACAAAUAAACCUUAAUGCACUUUUUCUGAAA